UAUUCACUUACUAAGCGUUACAGGCGUGUAAAUAACACACUUACCAACUGCUACAUGCUGUAGUUAGGGUUGUUAUAUAUACUUCUUGUUUUGUGGUAUAAAGAUAAAAGUUGCACUUUACAUGAACAAAAUGUACCCUCAUAUCUUAUCUUAAACAUAUGUACUUUUAAAUGAAGUGUAAGUUUCUCUAAAGAUUGAGCUUUCAGAUAUUUCAGAUUAACCUGCUUAUUAACAUAGCGUAAUGCGUUUAGUAUGAACAUAUAAAAAAUAUUUUUUAUAGAGUACGUUAAUUUCCGGUGAAAAUUAUUUUGGAUGUUACCUAUACAGAAAGGAAAGCUGACUUGUGUGUAAUAUGUUUACAUAUACCUGGAAUGUAUUCAAUUCUGGAGUAUUCAUUCGUUCCAAAAUUAGUGAUAAGGUGGUUUAUUUGAAAUUGACCUAAACAAAUGCGUAUACUUUGUCGAUAUGAGGAUGUGUUUUGUUCGUGCAUGGAUAUUGUGUCAGAACGCCGCAUUAGUAUAGUUUUAACGAUCAUAAUAAUAAGCAAUAAACGGAGCUAAUUGGUGUGUAAAUACAUAAUAAAGUAUGAAUGUGAAUACUAAAACAGAAGAAAUUACUUCAUGAAUAUCAACCGCACAACGACUAUAUUAUACGGACUUCGGAAGAUAUAUUCAUGUUUUAACAUAUAUGCCGCAAUAAUAACAAAAAACAAACAAAAAACAGCAACACUGGUUUGAUUACAUAUAUAUUGGUCUAUAUACAUGACUAUGGGGUGUAUAAUUUAUUUUAGCAAAGCACGUGAUAUGAAAUGAUGUAUAAUAUACAGUAAUAUAACACAGCAACAGGAAAUGAGUAUUGUUUCUCUACAAACAUAUAGAUGGUGUUAAUACAGCUCAUGUGAUUGAUGACAAAAUAUACAUUCAUUAUUCUUUAUAAUUCGGAUAUAAUCGCCGGCUAUUAUUUGUAUUUGACAACACUUUUGAGGAACAAUCUGUAUAAACGUUGUUUUUAUAUUUAUUGUAUAAAUAAGAAAAUAGUGCCAUGUAGACAAAUUAUGUUGGUCAUAAAUUGCGCGUUUCCAUAUGAAGAUUACAUCAAGAAAUAGAACUAUUCCACCAAAAUAGAUUUAAUAAAGGAGGACAUGAUAUUAUCGGAAGUUAAAAGAAAUCAUACUAUAUCCUUUAAUUGUCCGUGUGUUCAACAGUAUAGCAAUUGUGAGGAUUAAUUUAUUUUCUACGUCGUUUUCAAUUUCAACGUCAUUUUCCGCGUCAUUAGCAGGUGCUAUAUACAAUGGAUAAACACCAAGGAAAUCGAGUGACCAAAGUAUUCCGAGUGUGUUAUACGUCAUUAUAUGCUCUACUUAUUUCUACGAUUCUCAACGAGUAUUGUAAUGCAAAGAAUGAAACUACACCAGGUGUACAGGGAAAUUCGUCUGACUUAUACAGGAUUCUUGACCCCAGCACAUGGAUGAAUGGUUAUAAUAGUUGUAUGAACAUCCACAAUUUGACGAUGGCCUCUGCCUAUGAUAUCAGCGACAUAAGUAAACUUGACACCACGUUUGAUAUUGACGAUCAUUUACCUGUUUGGAUAUAUGCGUUUGAAAUAGUACUAGUAUCAGGACAGAUUGUACGCAUACAGAGUAAUGAGGUUUCAAAAUAUUACAACUCUAUCAAUUGUUCAAAUAUUCAUGGUGAAGAACUAUUCAUAACCAACCAGUCUUUAGUGUAUGCAAAAGAAAAGUGUCGGGAAGAUGACAAGAAUUUGACAUUAAGUAAAAUAACUCCACUGUCAAUUGAUAAAUUUGCCCAGAAAAUUUAUAUAAAUGCGACAAUUUGGGCCAACGUUCUAAACAUAACAGACUUCUUCAAUGAAAGAAAUAAUCUGACGGUUCGUUGUUUACUAUGGGAACUAAAUGGACUUCGGACGGAGGACUGUACUAAAACACACAGAACACUUUGUAUCCAAGGUAAUACUCAACCUGUUAUUCAAUAUGUAAAGCAACAGAAGAUACGAGAAUAUAAAUCAUCCGCAACAACAAGGCUUUCCUCGAGUAAGUCUUCAGGUUCACCAAGUAAACAAGAUUUAAACAACACAAAUCAGUUCACCACUGUUAAAAGUUCUACUUAUCAAGUACCAGUUUACCAAGAUAUAUGGAUGGAUCUUGAUGUAAGAUACGCGUUGAUUGCUGUAGGCUCUGUAAUAUGUCUAGUGCUGUGUCUGAUAGCAGUGUGCUGUUGUUGUAGAAUAUAUAGGCGUAAAGCAGAAAACAAAAGAAAUUCGGCGCAUUUGGUGGAAGGUUAUUCAGAGACCGCCGACUCGAUCGUGAUGAAAGAAACAAGCGUCUACGAGACGGCUGAUACUUCCGAAUACGCGAUACCGGAAGACGCUCUCAAAAAAGCGCGACAAAGACAGUCAAUAGGAGAAAAUGAAUAUGACGUACUACAAAAAUCGAACGAAAUGCCUAAAAAGUACACUGGAAAUGCAUAUAAUCACGUAACUAUAGUACCCCAAAAAGAUAGACUUGGCAGUUCUAAUCAAGAAGAAAAUGUGUAUGAUGUGACAAAUUAUGGAAAGCAAAAUUCUGUUAUAGUUUCUCCAAAGGAUUUGAGUGGUAAUAUAUAUGGUGAAGUUGCAUUAAAAUCGAAAGCUAUAGAAAAGAAGCAGGAAAAAGGAAGUUAACAAAAGUGUGUUUAUAAUCUUAAAUAAAACAAAUAAAACAUUAAAUUUUUUAAACCAUUAAAAAUGGUGUUAAGUAAAGGAAAUGGAAAUUAAUUCAUUACCAUAGAGACAAUGGAAUAUUAAGUUGAAGCGGACAUUAAGACGUCCCAUUUUUCAAAUUCUUUCCAUUUAUAAAAUGACGGAUGAUUGUGAGUCAUUUAAAGUGAUAACAUGCAAAACUAUAACUUGGAAGAAAACAAAUCUAUGAGAACUUACAUUUAUGCAUAUUGUUUUUCAAUGCAGUGUAUUUAUCAAUUUGAAGAAAAAAGUUUAUAUACUGUUAAUUAUAAACUUAGUCUGUUAAUAUACAUAAAAUAGUACAUUAUAUGUAUAUACCAGGUCAAUUUGUUAAAAAAAUGAGUGCUGCCUGUACCUUUUAUAAAUCAUGCAUACAUAUACAAUACAAUGAACAGAAAAGUGAAAAUAAAUCAUUAAGAACUGAACAAAAUCUCUGUACUGAUGCAUAAGCUUUCUAUAUAUAUUAAUUUGUUAAGCUUAAAUCAAGUUUUAAUUUUGUUAUUUUGUUAUUUUCAAGUAUAAUUCAUCAUAGAUAGACAGUCUCAAGUUCAUACAAUAAGGAAUUAAACAUUGAUUUAGUAUGAAGUAAAAACACGCAUAUCAAAAUCAU